UUGUCCUAUUCUGUUUACCGUAGCCGUGUGUGAAAAUGCCGGAAGUGGAGGCUAACGCCCCUGGAAAACUUCGCCACCUCUGGAGCUGAUAUCGCUAUAUUGUUCUCUCAAAACACCGUGUCGUAAAACGUCACUUGUCUCGCUGGAUGCAUCGUGUGAGCUUGCGGGAGAAAUUAUGGCAUCCAAAGUGGCGUAUUCGCAUCGGGAUCCGAUGCUGACGAAGAGAGAUGACCUUGACGACAUUUUGGAGGAAAGGAGGAAAUCCAGUGACCUCCGAUAUGCUGUCAAGUGUUACACUCCCGUCCUUUACAAAGGACUGGUGCCCUGCAAAGCAGACGCACUGAAGAGCGCCACGGUCCACUCAGCUCAUGUUCAAUAUGUCAUCCAUCAGGUUUCCAAAGAGACGGGGAAACCGGCGGAGGACGUCCAAGCGGAGGCGUCGGCCAUCUUAGAGGAGAUGGCUCACCGCUUGCAACUCAGCACCAUUCGCUUCUUCGCCUAUAGCCUCAACAAGGUCUUCAAACGCUUGUACAGGAGCAUCUGUGUCAACGAGGAGGGCAUCCAGAGACUUCAGCAGGCCAUCCAAGAACACCCGGUGGUUCUUCUUCCAAGUCACAGGAGCUACAUGGACUUCCUGCUAAUGUCAUACAUCAUGUACACCUAUGACCUUGCCCUGCCUGUCAUUGCUGCCGGCAUGGACUUCAUGGGGAUGAAGUUUAUCGGCGAGAUGCUGCGCAUGUCCGGCGCUUUCUUCAUCCGCCGCUCGUUUGGUGGCGACCAACUCUACUGGGCUGUCUUCUCCGAGUAUGUCAAGACCAUCGUCAAGAAUGGCUUUGCUCCCGUUGAAUUUUUCCUAGAGGGAACUAGGAGUCGAACAGCUAAGUCUUUAACUCCAAAAUUAGGCCUUUUGAACAUUGUGAUGGAGCCUUUCCUCAAAGGGGAGGUGUUUGAUGUGUGCCUGAUCCCGGUCAGUAUCAGCUACGAGAGGAUCCUGGAGGAAGCGCUCUACGCAAGGGAGCUUCUCGGCGUUCCCAAACCCAAAGAAUCCACUUCAGGUCUCUUCAAGGCCAGAAAGAUCCUGCGUGAAGACUACGGAAGCAUCCAUGUUUACUUUGGUCAGCCGGUGUCGGUCAGAAGUUUAGCGUACGGCCGAGUGGACCGCUGCCAGUUCAACUUGACACCCAGACACAUCCCGGCGAGGCCCAGCGAGGAGACCCAACGCUUUGUCAACCAUGCCGCCUACAGCCUGGUGAGGACUCAGGAGCAGAACGCCGUCUUGAAGCCGUGGGUCCUGCUGGCGUCGCUGUUGCUCCAGAACCAGGCGGCAACAGCGGGGGCGACGGGUCAGGAAGCGGUGAUGGCACUCGAACAGUUAACCGGUAAAGCUGUGUGGCUUUGCGACCUUUCCCGGCAGUACGGCGCCUUCCUCCACUGGCCUGAUCACCUACCUCCUUUAGAAGUUGUGUCUUCCAGCCUGUCCCUACAUGGAGGUCUGGUGAGAGUCUCAGAGGGGAAAGUCCAUCUAGCAUUGGAACAAGGUGGCGCCACUUCACCGGAGGAGGAUCUUUUGAACCGGGCAGUCCUUGUGCUCUCUUGCGCCUCCUACAGAAACCAAGCGCUCCAUGUCUUCCUGCGGCCAGCGCUGCUUGCCUCAGCAAUCCACGCCGCUUCCUCAAGGGAAAAGCAGGUCGUCUUUAACACUUUCCACUUCCUGAGGAACGUCUUCUCCAACGAGUUCAUCCUGUGUCCCAGAGCCACCGUGCAGGAUUUCGAGGAGGCCUGCUACCUUCUGGAGAAGACCGGAGUGUUGCAGGUGGCCCAGCAGGAGGUUAUUGUCAUGGAAAGAGGGCAGAAAACAUUACAUUUCCUCACAGGGAUGUUGGAGCCUUUCCUGCAAGGAUACCAGGUGAUUUGUCGCUUCCUCUGUGAGGAGGCCACUGAGGCUCUGACACAGAAGUCCUUCAUCCCUGCUGUACGCAAGUUCAUCAUCACACAUCUGCUAGCAGGCAGGCUAAGAUACUUGGAGGCGUUGUCCUCUGACCUGCACAAGAACGCUCUGGCAGCUCUGCUAAGACUGGGAGCUGUACGCAAAGUCAACAGUCCGCAGCAAGACUCCCUGAGCGUCAACAAGGUGAUGGUCAACUCUCUGGAAGACACUUUGGGAGGAAAGCUGCCUACUCAAAAAGCUGCCACAGCUCGCCUCUAACUCUGCUAAAUUGCCACCUUUGCCAAAACAACAUGUAAAGGAUUUUAAUAUUCACCAAAGGAAGUCGGACAGAUACUGUCUUUUUUGUGUGUGUUUAUAGUAAGAACUAACACUCCCCUUACGAUGUGUUAGGGGAAAACCAGGUCAGAUUUUUGUGCUCACAGAUGCAAUUGUUUAGCUGCUCAGAGAAAGAACAAUGUUUACAUGACUUUGCCAAAGUCUGAGUUGAAACUGCCAUCACACGUGCUGCACUACUUGGUUUUUGUCAAGGUUUAAGAUGUUUUUUUAAUUUUGCUGCAGAGCAUCGCAGAUUUUGAGUGAAGCCAGCAAAAUAUUUGUAAAUCUGUCCGUUUAGUUCAACAACAACAACAACAAAGAUCUGCCUUUUAUCAUGCUUUUGUAUUUUGGCAUAAUGUAUUACUAUAUAUAUGUGCGUGCGUGGAAAGUUAAUCAUGAUCGUA